CAAAUCCCGACGUGGCUCUCCUGAGCUGCCCCCCGCGCUGUCCAACUCCCCAUCCCUCCUGCUAGUGUGCGGCAGCCUGCUGCACUGGCAUCGAGAUCCCAGACCGAGUACAUGUGGCUGUUCGAUUUGUCGCGACAAUGAAGGGUUUCAGACAGAGAGUGCAUGAGCAGUUGUCGAGGGCCAAAGAAGCCAAUAAAUCCUCGAAAAAGAAAGACUCGGCACAAUCCCAAAAUCAUACCGCCCUCGGAGUCAAUCAUGGACAGCAGUCCUCGUCCCCUAACCAGGGCACCCCGACCUCGUCUACCACGUCCGUGAAUGAUACUAGAGGGAAGUCUCCGGACAAUGGCUUGCAGGCGGGAAUGUAUCCUCCUGGAACUCCUACCAAGCAGGGACAGCCGAUGGCCCCGAGCGUGGUUAUCAGUCCAAGCGCACCGCAUGUCCCUCCCCCUGGAGCCGCCGAGACGAUGCCAGGAGACCUGGCCCCUCCCCGGAAGUCCCAUGUCUUCGAUCGCCUGCAAACAACUCCCAAGGAUAUGUCCGAAGGAAUCCGAACCCCUAAGCGCCAGCAUUCGUCGCGAUUCGAUAUUUCCGACCAGCGCCAGAGAGAGUUGGAGAAGCUGGAAAGUUUCCACGAGGUCCCUCCCCAUCGUCGCCAAUCCCUCUUCAUGCAGAAGAUCGACCAAUGCAAUAUUAUCUUCGACUUCAAUGACCCCACUGCCGAUAUGAAGUCCAAGGAGAUCAAGAGACUGGCCCUCCACGAGCUUCUAGACUACAUCGCCAACAACCGCUCGGUGAUCACGGAACCCAUGUAUCCUCGGGUAGUCGAGAUGUUCGCUAAGAAUCUUUUCCGACCAAUUCCGCCCCCGGUGACUCCCCAAGGCGAGGCGUUUGACCCUGAGGAGGACGAACCGGUGUUGGAAGUCGCAUGGCCCCAUAUCCAGGUGGUAUACGAGUUCUUUCUACGCUUCAUCGAGAGCCAAGACUUCAACACGAACAUCGCCAAGGCGUAUAUCGACCAUCACUUUGUGCUUCAGUUGUUGGAGCUGUUUGACUCUGAAGACCCCCGGGAGCGCGAUUUCCUCAAGACCACCUUGCACCGUAUCUAUGGGAAAUUCUUGAACUUGCGAUCAUAUAUUCGCAGAUCUAUCAACAACGUUUUCUUCCAGUUCACGUACGAGACUGAGCGAUUUAAUGGAAUUGCGGAGCUGUUGGAAAUCCUGGGCUCUAUCAUCAACGGCUUUGCUCUUCCUUUGAAGGAAGAACACAAGCUUUUCCUGACCCGUGUCCUGCUUCCCUUACAUAAGGUCAAAAGCUUGAGCAUGUAUCACCCGCAGUUGGCCUACUGUAUCGUUCAGUUCCUCGAGAAAGACUCGACGUUGACGGAAGAUGUGGUUCUUGGUCUGCUGCGCUACUGGCCCAAGACAAACAGCACGAAGGAGGUCAUGUACUUGAAUGAGGUGGAAGACAUCUUCGAGGUCAUGGACCCGGCCGAGUUCGCCAAGGUCCAGGUGCCUCUGUUCCAGCAACUCGCGAAAUCAGUCGCCAGCCCACAUUUCCAGGUCGCGGAGCGUGCCCUCUACUUCUGGAACAACGAAUACUUCUGUAACCUGGUCAGCGACAAUGUGGAGAUCAUUUUGCCGAUCAUGUUCCCUCCGUUGUACGAGAACUCCAAAGGACACUGGAAUCGAACGAUUCAUAGCAUGGUCUACAACGCCAUGAAGAUGUUUAUGGAGAUCAACCCACAGCUGUUCGACGAAUGCUCCCAUGAUUACAAUGAAAGGCAGAACAGUGCCGAGGAGCGGGAGAUUGGUCGACAGAACCGGUGGGAGAAGGUGUUGGAACGAGCCAAGGAGAGGAAGAAUGGAGUUACUGUGCCCCCGCAAUGCCAGGUCGCCGAAAUUCCAGUCCACUUAGACGAUAUCGAUACGAUCACCCGCGACAGUCAGCAGCGUCUUCAUGCGCUGAGAUUGGAUGACUCGGGUGCAGGGACGGAGCGACGACCUCGAGAAAGCACGGCAUCUUCGGUUAGUAUUCAGGUCCCCGAAUAGCUUGUGUGGUCAUGUUCUGCCCAUGACGUUGUCGCACUUGACCCGCCAAUCCCCUACAAUUUUGCUUUGUCGUUGUCUUUGCUAAGAAUUCGCCGAUUUCCAUCGUACAGCAAGCGUGAUUCUAACGUUGGAACGUCCGUUUUAUCCAGAGACGGCGCCGCGGCUCCUCUGAUGAUACUCGAAGGCGAAGAAGUGGUA